UUUGCCUUCCUCUCCGUUUGGCUUAAGCUGGUGGAUUUUUUGCUGCGGCUGUUAGCUGAGACUACACCUCCAGUUUCUUCAGGUUUCAAAGCAGUUCAUACCAGUGACUCUCCAGCGUGCUCUAAGGCUGAUCCCAGAAUCGUGAGAUGGAGAAUGCAUAUAAGGAAAUCCUGCUAGUCAAGGGUCUGGAUAGCCUCACUGAUGAAGAACUGAAGAGGUUUGUGUACUUUAUUCCACCAAAGUUCAACAUUGCCAAGAGCAAACUGGAGAAUGCCAGCAGAGUAGAGAUAGCUGAGCUGAUGAUUCUGAAUGCGGGUGUGAAGUCUACGAUGACGACGGCCAUUAAAAUUUUCAAGACAUUGCACCAAAUGUUGGUGGCACAAUGUGUUAUAGAAGAGAAAAAGAAAGUUGAUGCUAAAUACAAGAAAAAGAAAAUGGAAACAAAGACAGUUAAAGAUACAAGUCAGAAUGAAAAGAUUCCUGGUGUUUCUGCAGCCAGCAGACACAAUGCCAUCAAACAACCAGCUGCAUGCAAAGCCACCACCAAGCAACCAACUACAUCCAAAGUCACCACCAAGAAACCAGCUGCAUCCAAAGUCACCACUAAGCAACGAAUUACAUCCAAAAUCACUCCUCAGAGUGAGAAAAUAGAACAAAAGGAUCCUAUCGCACUUGACCCAAAUGGCAACAGAAGGAGGAAGAAAGUAUCAGUGCCUGCAAAGCAGAAGACAACAAAAUGUAAAGAAGUGAAUAAGCGUGGAAGUACAUCCUCCCAGGUGCCAAAAAGGGGAAAAAAAAAUCUAUAGCUGAAAUCUGGAGAUCAGUGGGGCAUUAAGGUUGUCUGUUGCUAUUAUUGGUUGUUUCCAUUGCUGUGCUGAAGUUUUUUUAGAUUUGAAAUGAUUCCACCAACAAACCAAAGAUCUUGAAGUGAGCUACACUUGAGAAGACACAUGUGGAUUUAUACAAAUAUAAAAAUCGCAGCAGAUUUCUUAUUGGGAAAUUUCCAAGUGAGAAGACUAUGAGUUAAUGUGUUUAAAGAUUCUGAAUGACAAAAAUAUCUGUCAAAUUAGAAUUCUAAUCCCCAUAAAGUAGCUUGACCAUGGAGCUACUUUCUUAUAUUAUUAAUUUGGUGAAUUUCAUUAUAGACAUUUCAUACUAUAAUAAAAUACAUUAAAGGUGACAUACAGAA